AUGACAGGAAUGGACCAAGCUGACAAGAAAGACUUCUUGGACUUGGUGUUCGGCGAAAUUAAAACGCCUGCUCCAGUUAAGAUUUGUGUUUCACAUGCUAAAACUAAAACUAAACAAGGAGAAAAUGAUGUUUUAUAUGCAGAUUCUAUUGUUUCAUUUAAAAGAAACGACACUGAAGGAACAGGAGAAUUAGAUGUAUAUCAAAUAAAACAGUGUUUAUCAUCUACUGAUGGAGUAAGUACCAAUCAGAGAUAUAAUUUAACAGAGGCUCAAAUAAAACAAUUAUUUAAUGAAAGAUUUACUGAUAAAAGUUGUAGAGUAGAUCAAAAAGAAUUUUGUGAUUUUAUUAUUUAUUUAAAAAGUAUUUCAGAACGAUUAAAAGAAUAUUCAAAACAAAAAAAUAUAUAUGACAUUUAUGCAGAUCAAUUUAAGGCUAAUACAUCAAUAUCAAAAUUAUAUAAUUAUUUUGAUGAAAAUGAUUUUACUUUAGAAAAGAUUAAUGGAGAACAUAAUGGAAUUACAAUCUCUUUCCCUCUUACAGGUGAUGCAUCAACAAUUUCAUAUUUAAAAUUAAUUGAACAACAAUUCUAUGGAGAAAGAAUAGUUAUAAGAGAAAAACAAACGAUAUAUUCUUCAAUUAAUCCAAGUAGAUUAAGUGAUUUUGCUAAAACUGAGAAGUGUAAGAAUUAUAUGAGAAUUUUUGGUAAUGAAAAAAUAGAAGAAGGUAUUGAAUCAAAAGAGUCAGUUGAUCAAAAAGAAAGUGACAAAGAUAAUAUUCAAUUAGAUGUUAAAAUGGUUGAUAUUAUUGAACGUUCAAAUAGAAGAAAAGAAAAUCCCAAUUUAUUUGAUUUUUAUAAUCCAGUAUUUUCUACUGGUAGUAUUGUUUCAGAAAGUGUUGAAGUUCCAAUGAAAAUGAAUGAUGAUAGAAAACCAUUUGUAUUUGAAUAUACAUUAGGAGGAGAUGGAGAACAAAUAGUUUCAUCAUUUUGUCUUUUAGAAGCAAAUUCAAAAAGGAAAUUAACAGCUGAUUAUUUUGUUGAAUUAAAUAGAAAAACAGAUACAUUUGAUGUAUUAAAUCAAAUAAAUCCAGUAGUUAUUAGAUUAUGGCCAUAUGAUAUUGAAAAUGGAGAUCUUUGGGUAUUAGUAAAACACUAUAAAAGUGCAGAUAAUGAUAUUGAAGCAAUUAAAGAUAUGUAUGAAAAAGGACUUGAAGAUAAAAAGGGGAAAAAAUAUAAAGAAAAAAUAGCAACAAGUAAAAUUGAUGUUCAAAGAGAACAACUUUUAGUUAUUGGAUUAAUGCCAGUUAAUAAAAUGUUUAAAGAAAAAAAAGGACAAUUAUUAAAUAUUAAAUUUUAUAGAGAAGAUAUUGAAAAUGAAAAAAGAAUAUUUGAAUUAAUUGAUGAUGUAAAAAAUAAAAAAGCUAAAGAAAUUGAUUUAAGAUGUUGGUUAGCAACUAUUAGAUUUACUACACUUGAAGAUUGGAAAGAAGCUCAAUGUCAUUUAUAUUUAGGAAAUGAAAGAUUAACUGAAUUAGAAAAUAUUCAAAAAAUUAAAGAAGAAAAAGUAAUUGAUGUACCAGUUAUGGAGGAUUUAAUUGAAAAUGAAGAAUUAUGUGAUAUUUAUGAUAGAUAUUCUAAUAAAUUAAUUAUUUAUCCAAAUGAAGUAUCAAUUGGAAAAGAAAGAAAAAGAUCAGGAAUUGUAAUUAAAGUUUGUCUAAGAGAUAAUGAUAGUAACAUUGGUGAUGAAUCAUUAGAUCUUAAAUUAUUUUAUCCACAAAAAAGUAAUAUUAGAAAAGGAGAAGUUGAAAUGACUUCAAAUAGAAUUACCUCUUUUUCACAUACAAAAAUUGGUCAAUUUUUAAGUGAAUUAAAAGUAGAAUUACCUUUUCCAUUAAAGAAAACACAUCAUUUAUUAUUUACUAUUACUGAUGUAUCUGCUGAAGAAACAGGAAAUAGUUCAAAACCAUUAUAUGCAUAUUAUUCAUUUUUUGAAGAUGGAUUUAUUAAUGAAACAAAGAAAACAGGAUCAUUUUCAAUUUUAAAAUCGUUGAAUGGAGAAGUAACACUUCCAAUAUUAAAAAAUCCAUCAAAAAAUUAUCUUCAACAUACAGAGUUUUAUGAAACGUCAAAAUAUUUUUUAAAAAUUAAAUUAAAUGGAUUAAGUAGUGUUUAUCCACAAUCAGAAGAUACAUACAAAUUAAUUCAUUAUCUUAUUAAAUAUGCAGAAAAUGAAAGUGAUGAUCAACUUGUUCAACAAAUUAAAAAUAUUUCAGAAAAAAUACCUUCAACUGAUUGUGUUCAUUUCUUUCCAGUCAUAAUGAAUGGAUUAUUAAAUGUAAAUAAAAUAUUACUUGAACCAGUACUUACUAUUGUUGAUAAAGUAAGUAAUUUUGAACAAAAAUAUUAUCGUAAAAAUAUGUCAAAUCCAAAAGUUGUAAGACAUCCUGUUUUAUCUAAAUAUCUUCAAUAUCACUGUACAUGUCAAGAUUCAUGUCCAAAUACAUUAGUUAUGUUAUUAAAAAGUCAAUUAAGUUUAACAGAUCAAGCUCAAACAAUAUCAAAAGUAUUUUCACAUAUUUGGUUUUUAUUUGAAGUUAUUAUUCAUUCAUUAAUUAAAUAUUUAGAUAAACAAAAUGCAUUAAAAGAUGAACGUGGGAAAUGGUUUGAUCCAGAAACAAUUAAAAAUAAUAAAAUUUCAUAUAAUUCAUUUAAAAAAUUAUUCCUUCAAGCGUUUACACCUACAUUUUCACAAGUACUUCAUGACAGAGUAUUUAAUAAAAUGUAUAAAAAUCUUGCAGAAGCUAAUGCGGCUUAUGUUAGAUUUUUAAUGAAAUUAUUUAGAAUAUUAGGAAGAAGUGAAGUUAUGGGAGUAUUUGAAUAUCAUUUAAAACAACUUUCAUUACCAUAUGUUGAAGUAAAAAAUAAUUUUGUUAAAUAUGAACAAACAAGUGAAGAAGUAAUGUUUUUAACAGUUUUAAGACUUGACUCAUUAAAUUUAUUUUCUAAAUUUCCAUAUAUUGAAUUAUUAGCAUUACCAGAUGAUAUUGAAAUGAAAGAUAAUGAUAUUGGAAUGCUUGGAGAUAUUGUAUUAGAAAAAUAUUUUCCAGUUUAUUUAUUGAUUAGACAGUACCUUCUUAUUUCACAAAAGUCUACAAUAUUAUCUAAAAUGGGAAUUUAUUCAUUGGUUGCAUUUUUACAACGAUUAGAUCUUGAUGCCAAAUUACAAAAUAAAAAAGGAAUUAUAUCAAAUAUGUUACUUGGAAUUGUAUUAAGAUUAAUUGAUGAUAAUGAUUCUAUUCUUGAUUGGGAAAAUAAAAGAUGUAGAGAAAAUGAUGGAAUAGAGGAUGUAGAGAUGAUAUCUAUUUGUUUCUUUUUUGUAUUAAAAAAUAUGGAUGAUAAAACGUUAAAGUCAUGGUUAACUGGUGAAGUUCCAUCAAGAGUUAAAAUAAUAGUUAAUAUCAUAAGAAGGUCAUUAAUGUUAUUAUCGAGAUAUCCACUUCCAUUAUUUAAAGACGUUGAACCAGAAGUAGAAGAAAUGAGAGAAAGAGUUAUUAAUGAUAUUACCAAAGAAAAUGAAACGAAAGAAAUAACAAUUAAAGAACCAAUGCAAAUUAUUCAUAUUAAAAAAAGAAGACCAAGUCAAGCACCUACAGAAGAAAUGCUUAAAGAACAAGAAUUAGAAAAUAAAAAUAAAGUAGAUAGAAGAAGAAAAAUUAUGAGUAUUUCAAUAAAAAGAAAUGAGUAUGAUUUUCUUCAUCAUUAUAUAAUUUAUGAUUGUGUUAUGGUUACUUUAGAUGCAUUAGAAAUAUUGUAUGAAAGAACUCAACAAGAAGAAAGUGCUACAGAAGGAAGUGAUAAUGAAUCUAAAACUGCAUUAGGUGAUAUUGAAAAUAUUAUAAAUAAUGUUUUAUUUGAUUGUCCAAUGAAUAGUAAAUAUGCAGAACAAUUAUUUGCAUUUGUAAGAAAGAUAUUAAGUAAAUAUUGUAACUAUAUUUUUACUAAACGUGUUGACUUCUCAUUCCAAUUAUUAAAGAAUAUAAUUAAAUUAUGUAGUUCAGAGAAUGAUAAAGUAUGUCAAAUGGCAUUACAAAGUCUAUACAUAUUUUCAAAAAUUAAUUUUGUUUGUGACAAAGAUUUAUCAAAAAUAUCAAAUCAUAUUGUUUGUGCACUUAGUCAAUUACAAAGUUUAAUGAAAAAUAAAAAUAAAUUUGAACGUACUAUUAGUCAAUUAAUAAGUCUUCCACAAAAAGACUUUAAUUCUUCAAGAGAAAUUAUUAUGAAAUUAAUUAAAAUUUAUAAGGAACAAGGUAUUUAUGAUACAAAAUAUCUUUUUAGAAUUCAACAAUUAGAACUUGGUGUUGCUGCUGGAGCAACAGAUGAAUUUUUAACAUUUUUAAAUAAUGUUGUUAAAUUACAUCAAGAAAUUCUUGAACCUCUUGACUUAUUAAAUGCUGAUUUAAUUAAUGGAUAUACUACUUUAAAAUUAAAUAUUUGUGACUUCUUCCCAGAACAUCUUAGAGUAAGAGGAAUUGAUGUUAAAAAGAUUAAAAUGCGUAUUGAAGAAAAAUUUAAAGAGUGUUGUUUUGUUAAAUUACUUAGUGAUAGAUGUACAAGUUUAAUUGAACAAUUUAAAGUGAUGAUGGGUCAUUUAAGUCUUAUUGAUAAAAGGUCUCGAGACGAUCAAAAAGAGGCAAUUGAACUAGAAGAAAUUUUUAGAAAACAUAUGCAACAAAGUCUUGAAACAUUAAAUUGGGUAAUAAAAGUUGUUAUGACAAAACCAAAUAAUAAUGUUCCUAAUGAAAUGAUGAGUGAAAAUUUAACAAUUGAACAAUUAAGAACAUUAAGAGUUAUGAGAGAAAAUGAAGCGAAUCAAAUUAAAAAAGAAGCAGAAGAACGAUUAGAAAAAUAUAAAGAAGUUAUGGAGACAACAGGACAAAAGAAUCCAUAUUUCCCAAUUGAAGAUAAACAAUUUUCUGAUAUCCUUGAAUUAGUAGAACAAUUAUUUGAACAAAAAUUAGUAUUAGUAAAAGAAUCAAUUGAAUGUUAUAAUAUGUAUGAAGAAAAGAAAAAAGAAUUAGAACUUAAAAGGAAAGAAGUAAUGAAUGAAAUAGAAGAUAUGCAUAGUUCUGUUACAAAGAAUUUGUAUGAUCAACCAUUAGGAGAUAGUUAUACUAAUUCUACAUUACAAGACUUUAGUAGAGUACAAGAUAGAUUUGCUGUAAGUGAUGAUACUGUUGAAAAACAAAAUGAACAUUUAAUGAGACAACAAAGACCAUGGUGUUUAAGAUUUGAAUAUUGGAAACAAAUCCUUCCUAUGAGUGCAAGUAUUGUAGAAAAAGUAAACGUUCUAAUUAAAAAAAUUGAAGCAAAUGAAAGAAGAAUGACAUUUAAAAAACAAUGGCAUAGUCAAGAAAGAGAAUUUGCUGUAAAUGCAAUUAAAUUAUAUGAAUGGAGUAAAACAGUAGAAUUAUUAAUGAAAGAAAAGGAUACUAAAUCAAAUGAAUAUAUGGUUUGGUUAAGUAAAAUUGCUAAUGAUUGUUUAGGAGAAAAAGAAGAAAUGAUUCAAAUACAAAAAAAUGUUCAUGAAGAAUUUGAUAACUUAAAAGCGUUAGUAAAUGCUGUUGUUAUUGAUAUGAAACGUGCUAAUAAUAGAAGAAGACAAACAAGAAAAAGUAUUGCAUUAGCUGAAGGAGAACAAUUUAAUAUAAAUGCAUCAAGACUAUCUACAGAUUCAAAUAAUAGUGAAGGAAGUGAAACUUCCGAAACUUAUUUAAAUAUGGAACCAUUUGGAUCAGAAUUUAUGUCAAAAUGUGAUUCAUUAAUACAAGAAGGAAUUAAUAAUAUUGAUGAAUUAGCAAAAUUCUUUGAAGAAAGAAAAGUAAUUGAAGAAGGAAAUAAUAAUAAAAGACAAGAGUACUUUGGGUUGCUUGUUCAAUUUAGUGAUUUAAAGAAAGAAUUAACAGUAGAAGAUAAGGACUUCUUUAGUAAAGUACAAAACCUUAAAAGUAUAAAGAAAAAUAUUGAUGAAAUGGAAAAAAUGGAAAUACCAGAAAUUAAUGCAUAUUGUGAUUAUACUCUCAUUCCUGUUACAGUUACAAAUAACUUUAAAGAUAUUAAUGACAUGGUACUUCAAUAUUCUAAACAAGAAGAACCAAAAAAAGAAGAAAAAAGUAAUAAAAAGAAAGAAAUUAAAAUAGUUGAAGAUGAAGAAAGAAAAUACUUCUUAAAUGAGAAUGAUAGAUUUAGAUAUGAAGCAUUUUUAGAUGUUAAUGAACAUAAACAAAUUAUAUUUGAACAUUGUAUUGAUGAUAUGGAUCAAGAAAUGAGAAAAAUGAUUAAUAAACUUGUUGAAUUAGAUGAGUUAUCUAAAAAAUCAAAUGAUCCAGAAUUUCUUAUUCAAAAGUUUUAUGAAAGUACUAUUGAUUAUGAACAUAAUCCAAGACUUCAUUUAACAUGGUUUAAUAAAAUGGCUGCAGAAAAUCGAAAGAAUUUAAAUUUUGUAGAAGCAGGAAUGUGUGAAUUACAUAUGGUUCAUUAUAUUUAUUGUCAUAUUGCAAAUAGAUCUAAUGACCUUCCUAUUCAAUUUUUAACAGAAAUAUGUGAAGAUUUUUUGAGUGAAGAUAAAGUUGUUGAAUUACAAGAGAAUAAUGAUUGUUCAUUUGAAAGUAUGAUUGUUCAUAUAAAACAAGGAGUUAAAGAUUUUGACACAUCUCAUUUAUAUAAUUAUGCGUUAGCAUUAUGUAAUUUUGAAUUACCAUAUUAUGAACAAAUAUUAGAUUAUAGAAAAUUAGCAGAAUGUCAUGCUACAAUUCAAAAGUUAUAUAAAAAUAUGGAUGUUAAAGAUAAUACAGUAGAUAUAUAUAGUGGAUAUUUCUUCCAUGUUGAAUUUGUUGGUGAAGCAUUAAAAUCAUUAUCAACACCAUUUGGAUAUAUUUAUCGUUCACAAAAACCAUUAAAAGAUUUUAAUAAAGAACUUAAAAGUCUUAUUGCAGGAGCAGGUAUUAAAGAUAUACCAUUUAUUGAUAAAAAUGAACAUGUUGAUGAUUCAGUAACUAAUUAUGUUAAAGUUAAAGCAGUCUUCCCUAUGAUUGAUAAUGAACCAAUAAGAGACCCACAAACAUUAUUAACUAAUACAAAAUUAUUUGUUUUUGAAGAUGAUAGUGGGCCAAAGACAGAUAUUCUAAAAAGAUCAAAAGAACGAUAUGUAUUAACCACAUCUUUAUCUAUGCCAUGUGGAUUAAAAAGACAACAAGUUGUAGAUAAAGAAGUUACAAAAUUAACACCAAUUCAAAACGUUACAGAUAUUCUUUCAUACAGAUUAGAUAAAUUAACAAGUACAUUAUCUUCUUAUCAAGACCUUAAACUUGCUGGCAAAGAAGAUUCUGCUAAAUUAAAAAAUAUUCAAACUUGUGUUGGAAAUUUAUUACAACCAAAACAAAAAGAAGAAAGUGUAUAUGCAAUUACUGAGACAUUCUUAAGUAGUGGGUUUUAUACUGGAUGUGAAGUACCUUCUGUAUCUGAAUUAUUUACUAUUUUACAGAGAAUUUGUGAGAUUAUUGGAGCUAGUCUUGAUACUUUAAAGAAAAAAAUUAAUAAUGACGACUGUAAACUACAUCAAAAAAUGUUUGAGGAAUUUAGGCAGUUAAUUCUUUCUUUAGAAAAUGAAAUUAAUGACUUCAUUGAAAAAAAUGAUACUAAUUAA